AUGUCUGACGCAACAGGCACAUCCCUCUGGUGGCGCACCUACGGGCGCAACAGGCGGUGCAUCACCCUUGACCUGCACAAGGAAGAGGGGCGCGAAGUGCUGCGCAACCUGGCGAACAAAUCAGACGUGCUCGUGGAAAACUUUCGGCCGGGCGUCAUGGAGAAGUGGGGCCUCGGCCCCAAGGAUCUGAAGCCAGAGCUGAUCUACACGAGGAUCUCCGGCUACGGGCAGACGGGGCCCAAGGCGAGCCUGCCGGGCUACGCGAGCGUCUGCGAGGCUUACGGGGGAAUACGGCACCUCAACGGGUAUGCGGACCGGCCGCCGGUGCGCACGAAUGUGUCGCUGGGGGAUACGCUGACUGGACUCCACGCGGCCUUUGGGGCUGUCAUGGCGCUUCUGCACAGGCAGCGGCACAACAACACAGUCCCCGGCCAGGUGGUGGAUGCAGCCAUCAGUGAGUCGGUGUUCAACAUGCUGGAGGGCUGCGUGCCGGAAUUUGCCAUGCAUGGCUAUGACCGGCCUCCCUCCGGAUCCACCAUCUCAGGAGUGGUCCCAUCUGCCACUUUGAAGACAAAGGAUGGCAGAUAUGUAAUAAUUGGCGGCAAUGGGGACUCGGUAUACACGCGGCUGAUGGCAGCAAUUGGGCGGCCAGAGAUGGGCUCGCAGAAUCCUCUUUAUUGCAAUAAUACUGAGCGGUGUAAGCGGGAGGAUGAAAUCUAUGAGGUGAUUGGGAAAUGGGUGGAGGAGCGAAGCCUUGAACAGGUGCUGGAAGUCAUGGCAGAAGCCAGAGUCCCCUCUGGCCCCAUACUGAGCACUGCAGACAUCAUGAAGGAGGAGCAGUACAAGGCGAGGGGGAUGUUCCACGAGGCCAAGCCUCCUUCGGGAGAUGGGCCGAGCCUGACACUGCCUGCCAUGCUGCCUGUCUUGAGCGGGACGCCAGGAUCUACAAAGUGGGCAGGACCUGAGCUCGGGGAGCACACUGACCAGAUUCUGAGAGACGAGCUUGACUUGAGUGAUGCUGAGAUCAGCCGAUUGCGAGAACUGAAUGCCAUCUGA